AUGGGUUGUCGAAUCAUCUCUGGUGGCUGUCACUCGGCGGAGCGAAAAAACGACGACUUUGCGGCUCUCCGACGACUAUCACUCGACAGAGAGGAGCUGGAUGGAGGUGGGGCACAUGUUAGGGAGCUUCAUCCUUAGGUCCACACAGCAAGAGGAGGCUUUUCAUCGCAUCUGGUAUGCUUUCAAGAGGUGGUGACUCGUCUCCUAAAGGAUCGUCCUCUUCUUGAUGACAGCUUGUUCAUCGAUCAAUCGGAGAUGAUUUACUUGAUGGAUUCACGAUCUUUUUAUCGCAAAUCAUUCAUCAAUUUUAGUAGCAAUGCUCUACGAAUUGCAUUGACGAGAUUUUCGUCAAUGAUCUAGUGAUUCUAAUUGCUUAAUCCUUCACCGGCAAUCUAUAGGAAAGUCGUGAUAAUUAGAUAAAAAUAUAUGAAUUUUGACUCUUAGAAGAUUUGAACCCGCACCGGUCGCCUACCUCUUCUGAAAAAGGUGUGACGCGGGUUUAGUCCCACAUCAGUUGUGCACCGAUUUUUCAGACAAAUAUAUAGUAAUGUUAGCUUUCUAGGCAAGUCACUUCUUUCGCGUAUACGACCACUCCUUGCCCCACACCUGCUGGCCACCGGUGACGUGGAAGGGGAGUGGCACACACGUGCCCCUAUCAAUCCAAGCCAAGUUGCUCGAGCCCCUGCUCGUGGCUAUUCCUCGACUAUGCUUUCGACCCACUUACAGGCCCGACUGGCCAGCCCCCAUUUUGCAAUAUUUUUAUUUUUAUUUUUUGUUCUUCAUUUAUCUCAAAAGUAAGACUAUAAAAAUUGUAUAAAAUUACAUAAUUACCCAAAAAUUCACAUUAAUCAACUAAAAACUACUUUUCACACUUUAAAAUAAAUAUGUCUAUUUAUCAUAAGUUAAAGCUAAAACUAUAUUAUUUAAUAAUUAUUAACUCAUGAUAAUAAAGACUUAUCACACCCCCAACUUAAAUCAUUGUUAGUCCCUUAGCAAUAGAAUUAUGAAAAUAAAAUUUUACAAAUCUCAAAUAUCAUAUUUUAAUACAGAAAAAAAAUACAAUUAGAAAUGAUGCACCUUUAAAUACUUUGAAUUCUUAUAUCAAGUAUUUAAGAAUGAUGUCAAGCACUUAAAUGUUUAAACACUCAUUGGAAUAACAAUUUAGACUUCACUUCUUUUAUUCACAUCUUUAUCACUUCUUCACUCAUAGAUGUAAUUUACAAGAUGUUUCAAUUAUCAAUACUCAUCCAAGAAUAAUAUUGAUCCUACAAUUUUCUUUUUUUAUGGCUUGAUUUUUGAAGUUUACAUUAUACUUCUUCCUUUUAUAUAUAUAUAUAGUAGAUAAGUAGUUUUUUCUGUAGACAAAUUUUGACAAUAAAAAUUAUGUCUCACACCCUCUAUGUGUACUCUUAAUUUCUAGAUUUUUCACAUAACUCCCUCUUUUUUUUUUUCGAAAUAAGUGAUUUUUCCUCACAAGUCCUAUAGAUCAGGGUGCAAAAAUCUCCAUUAAACUCAAAUGAUCAAUCAAAUUUUUACAUCAAGUAAAUACUAUUCAUCAAGAUCAUGAAGUGAAAAUUAGUAAAAUUAAAUCCAUGUUAUCUAUCAUGUAUCCAAAGAGUAUUCCAAUAUUUCAUGCUACUAAAUCAUUCUUUUGACUUAAUAAUAAUCUUCUUAGUAUCUAUUUGAUAUCAAUCAAUCUAAUUGAUUUAAUUUUUCAUGUAUGUAAUAUGAUGUAAGAAAUUUAUAAAUUAGAUAGUUCUGAUAGUUCUGUUUUCUAUUUUCAGUUCUAUUUUUAGCAUAAUAAAUUUGUCAAAAAUAAAUCAAAACUAUCAUCUUUAUAGUUGUAAUUUUGAAUUUUAGUAAUAUAUGUCUAGGGGAUUGAAAUGUGAGAAAAGGGUCUCUAGAAUUUCCAAUUUUAGGCUGUUUUUUGUCUGCUGUUUUUGACAGUCUGUUGUUCUUAACAGAAAACCAGAAAAAUAAAUGUUGUAGUUUUUCCGAAUUUUAUUUUAUUUUUAUUUUUUUAGUUGUUGUUCUAAGUUGAAUUAAAUACAAACACAUGUUCUUAAUCGUCCUACAGCAUAAAUUAAUAAUGAAUACUUCACCCCCCAACUUAAAAAUGACAUUGUCCUCAAUGACACAGAAAAGUCAAAAUAGAAUAUGUAGAAAAUAUAAUUUUCAAGUGAAGCAUACAUAUCUAUAAAGUUAAGCAUUAAAAAUAUUUUCAUAAAUGAUGAAGCUCAAAAAGGCAUCACCUCAACCUUGUUUUUAAAGAGCAUCUUACACUCCUCCUACUACACUUUUUUGAAGAAACAAAUACAAAAAUAAGUAUUGUGAAAUUCUAAGAAAAAUAGAGCUAAAAAAAAUAAAAUAAAAAUCAAACAGAAUGAAAUAAAAACCAUGGGUUGCCUCUCAUGUAGUGCUGAAUUUAAUGUCUCCAACUAGACUCCUUGAUCUUACUCUUGAAUUUCUUUUAAUAAUAAAAUUUCUUUUUCUGCAAGGCGUUCAUGUUCUAUGUAAUGUUUAAGCUGUUGUCCAUUUACCUUAAAGUUAUGAUCACUUUUAGGAUCUUUAAUCAUUAUAACCCCAUGAUCAUAUGUCUCUUCCACCACAUAAGGCCCUUUUUAUUUUGAUUUUAAUUUUUCUAGGAAUAAUUUCAACCUAGAAUCAUAUAACCACACUUUUUGUCCAACAUCAAUUUUUUUUCUACUAAUGUAUUUAUCAUGAAAAGUUUUAAUUUUUUCUUUAUAUAUUCUACGAUUUUCAUAAGCUUCAUUCCUCAACUCCUCUAGUUUAUGUAGUUGAAAAAUUAUAUGCCCACCAGCUGAUUUUUCAUCCAUACAUAAACUUUUUAUAGCCCAUAAUGCUUUAUGCUCUAUAUCCAUAGGAAGAUGACAUGGCUUUCCAAAAAUGAGAUGAAAUGGGGACAUACCUAUGAGAUUUUUAUAAGCUGUUAUAUAAGCCCAUAAUACAUCUUGUAAUUUCGUGGGUCAAUCUUUCUUAUCUGGUCCAACUAUUUUUCUCAAAAUUCUUUGAAUUUCCCUAUUUGUUACUUCAGCUUGCCCAUUUAUUUAGAGAUGAUAUGGAGUGGCUACUUUAUGGUGUACUCCAUUCUUUUUCAAUAGUUCCCUAAAAUAUUUAUUUGUAAAAUGUGUUCCUCCAUCACUAAUAAUCACUCUAGGACAUCCAAAUCUCGAAAAAAUAUUUUCCUGCAUAAAUUUCAUCACGAUUUUAUGAUCAUUAGUUCUAGUAGUAAUAACUUCCACCGACUUCAACACAUAAUCAAUAGCAAACAAAAUAUAUUGAUAUUUUUCAAUUGAUGGGAAGUGACCCAUGAAAUCUAUUCCCCAUACAUCAAAAAUUUCGACUACUAACAUGUUACUCAUGGGUAUUUCAUCUUUUUUACUCAUGUUACCUAUAGAUUAGUAUGAAAUACAUGUUCUACUAAAUUUUAUAGAAUAUCUAAUGAUUGUAGGUCAAUAAAAUCCACACUGAAAAAUUUUUGUAGUUAUUUUUCGUUCAAAGAAAUGACCUCCACAAUUAGAUGAAUGACACAUGUUAAUAAUACUAUGAUAUUCUUCUUCAGGAACACAUCUCCUUAAAAUUUGAUCAUUGCCCAAGUAAUAUAAAUCAGGAUCAUGCCAAAAAUAAUUUCUAAUCUUAGAAAAUAAAUAAUGUUUUCUAUUCUUAUCUCAUUGUUCUAGAGUUUUUCCAAAAACUAGAAAAUUAACAAUAUGUGCAUACCAUGGUGAUGGUUGAUGUUGAGCUGCCAUCAAUUGUUCAUUUGGAAAUACAUCUUGUAAAGGUGUUGCAUUUAUUUCUAUAUCACUUAAUCUAGAAAGAUGGUCAAUAACAAUAUUUUCGAAACCUUUUUUAUCUUUUAUUUCUAAGUCAAAUUCCUGCAACAAUAAAAUUCAUCUUAAUAUACGCGGCGUUACAUCUUUCUUAUUUAACAAAUAUUUUAAUGCUACAUGAUCAGUAUAAAUAAUAAUUUUAGCUCUCAAAAUAUAUGAUCUAAAUUUUUUUAACAAAAAUACUAUAACUAACAACUUUUUUUCAGUCGUGGUAUAAUUUAAUUAAGCAUCGGAUAUAUGAAAUUACUAUGGGUUUUGACUCUUUUGUUUGUCCUAGAAUAGCCCCCAUUACAUAAUUCGAUGCAUCACACAUUAUUUCAAAGGGAAAGUAUUAAUCAAGAGCUUGUAAAAUGGGUGCCUCAGUAAGUAAUCUUUUUAUUUCGGAAAAAGACACAAAACAUUUCUCAUCAAAAUUAAAAGGCACAUCUUUAGAUAAUAGCAUGGUGAGAGGUUUAGAAAAUUUUGAAAAAUCUUAAAUAAAUUUUAUGUAAUAACCUGCAUGACCCAAGAAAGAUCUAAUUUGUUUUACUGAAUUUGGAGGUUUUAUUUUAGAUAUAAUAUCAAUUUUUGCUUUAUCCACCUCUAAACCUCUUUCACUCACAAUAUGACCCAACACAACUCUCUCUUUAACCAUAAAAUGUGAUUUCUCCUAACUCAAAACUAAUUUUUUCUCUAUACAUUUCUCAAGUACAUGCUGUAAAUGAUUUAAACAUUCAUCAAAUGAUUCACCAAAAAUAGAAAAAUUGUCCAUAAAAAUUUCCAUAUAUUUUUCAAUCAUAUUAGAAAAAAUAGAUAGUAUACAUCUUUGAAAUGUGGUUGGAGCAUUACACAGACCAAAAGGUAUGUGUUUAAAAGCAAAAGUACCAAAUAGACAAGUGAAAGUUAUUUUUUCUUGAUCUAAAGGGUUUAUAUAAAUUUAAUUAUAACCAAAAUAUCCAUCAAGAAAAAAAAAAGGUUUUUUCUAGCUAAUUUUUCUAGAAUUUGAUCAGUAAAUGGUAAGAGAAAAUAAUCUUUUCUAGUAACUGAAUUUAAUUUUCUAUAAUCAAUGCAAACCCUUUAGCCGGUAGUUAAUAUUGUUUGUAUUUCAUCCCUAUUUUUGUUUUUUAUAAUCGUAAUCUCUGAUUUUUUUAGCACUACUUGUGUAGGACUAACCUAUUUGCUAUCUAAAAUAAGAUAAAUAAUAUCAGCAGCCAACCACUUUCAAAUUUCUUUUUUUACAAUUUCCAUCAUGUUAAAAUUUAAUCUUCGUUGUGGUUCUCUACUAGUUCUAGCCCCCUCCUCUAGAUAUAUAUUAUGCAUGCAUAUACUUAUAUCAAUGUCCCUUAGAUCGUCCAUUUUCUAGCCUAUAGCUUUCUUAUUUUUUUGAAGUACAUCUAAUGAUUUUCCUCUUUCUUUUCUCUCAAAUUUCUAUUCUCUAUUUCCUCUAAUUCUUCUAGUACAUAGUCAUCAAUAAUAUCUGGAUCAUCAAAAUCAUCUAGAAGAUCUAUGGUAUGACAAUCAUAUACUUGUGAUUUCUUAAGAUCAUUUGGUACCUCAAAAAUUUUAAUUUCUACUGAUUGAUCUCCACAUGAAAUUUUCAUAAUACUUGUGGAAAAAUAAAUAUUUAUCUUUGCUGUAUGUAAAAAUGGCCUCCCUAGGAUGAUUGGUGUAUCAUAAAAUUGUCCAUUAAAAUCUAUUUCCAGCACUACAAAAUUAAUUAGAAAUUUACACCCUAUAACUGUUACUAUCACAUUUUUUAAAAUACCUUUAGGAUGUUUUAUGGAUCUAUCAGCAAAUUGUAAGGUAAUAGUAAAAGGUUUAAGAUCAAAAAUAUUAAAUUUAUCACAAAUACUUGCAAGUAAUAAAUUAAUACUAGCAUUGGUGUCAAGUAAUGUAUUCUAAAAAAUGGAUCCAUCAAUAUCACACAAAAUUAAAGGGGCACAUAUAUCUCUCAAUUCAUAUGGUAAUUGAUUUAAUAAUAAUGUACUAGCAUGCAUAGAUAAUUUUUCUACUCUAUGUGCCUUUUUUGAUGUACAAAUUUCUUUUAAAACUCUAGCAUAUUCAAGAAUAUGUUCAAUGACAGUGAGUAAAGGAAGACUAAUUUGCACAUCUUGUAAAAUUUUCUUUAUUUCUUUAUUGUGUUCCUUUUUCUUUCUUUGUCUAGGCUCUAGAGCUUUAGAAAAUGGAAUGGUUGUCUUCUCUUUCGAAAUUUCCUUAGUAGAAUCUAUAAAAUCCUCUUCUACUCCUAUUUGAUUUUGUUUUGGGUUAUCUACGUUUUCUUUUUCUUCUAAUAUUUGAGGAUAAGGAUCAGGUAAGGUCUUACUACUCUUUAAUGCAUUCACUAUCCUAACAUUUUUAUUUCGUGAGUUUUUUCUUAGAUUUAUGCUACUAGACUCCCCUUACUGAAAUCCUAUUGUUGGGUGAUUUCUUGGAUUUUCUACGGGCUGACUAGGUAGCUGUCCCUCUUCUCUCUUAUUCCCAAGGGCCUCUAUAAUUUGUUUCUGGUGCUGCAUCAUUUGAUUCAUAGUUUGUUGCAUCAUUUGGCUCAUUUGCUGCAUCAUUUCUAUAAUAUCAGGUUGGGUUUGAGAGGGCUGAUUUUUCUGAAAUCUAUUUUUUUGUUUUGGACGAAAUUCAGAGUUUGAAUUGGGUCUAAGUGUUUCUGGAUUUUGAAUAUUAUUUGGGUCUCUCUAUGAAAAAAUAUUUCUCUAAUUAAGAUUAUAAGAAUUUGAAAAAUAUUCUUUGUUUUUAUUAAAAUUGUGAGCUACUUACACUUGUUCUUACAUAGGGUGAAAUGAUUGAUCUAAAUUAUAAUAUUGAAAUUCAGAAUAAUUAUUUUCACCAUAAAUAAGACAUGUACUAUUCAAAUUAAGUUGAGGGUUAAAAGGCUUUCUAAUAUUGUCAAUAAGUAAAUCAAUUUUUUGUAAUCUUUGAUUAAUCUGAUUAACCUCAUUUCUAAGUUUAGAAUCAUCAUCAUGAUGUAAUUCAUAAAUUCCUCUCUUCUUAUCUUUGUCAUAUAAUUCAAAAGAGGCUUGAUCUCUAGAAUUUUUACUUAAAUUUUCAUAAAGAUUGUAAAUCUCAUCAGGAGUUUUCUCCAUAAAAGCUCAUCCACAUAUAGAAUCAAUCAUAUUUCUAUAUUACUUUAAUAAUCCAUCAUAAAAAAUUAUAUUGAGUUGCCACUUAGGUAUAGCAUGAUGAAGAUACUUCUUAAGUAAAUCUUUGAAUUUUUUCUAUGUCUCAUGCAAAGUUUCUCCUAGUCUUUGAGAAAAACUCUACAUAUAUUUUCUCAUAUUUUGAGUUUUUCCUAAGAGAUAAAAUUUUCGAAGAAAGGCCUAUUCUAUAUCUUUCCAGCUAGUUAAUUCUCUAUCUAAUGUGGAUAGCCAAUGGCUAGCUUUGUCCUAAGUGUAUGAGAAAAUAAUUUUAUCUUAGUAAUUUCCAGUGUAACUUGAGGGAGAUUAACUAAAUCACAGACCAUAUGAAAUUUUUCUAAGUGCUGAUGAGGUUCCUCUAAAGGCAAUCCAUGAAAAUUAGGGAGCAUUUGAAAAAUUCUAAAAUUUAUUUCGAAUUUAACAGUGGGUACUAAUGAGACUCUAAUAUUAGAUGCUCUUUGAAAUGAAUACAAGAUAUAAUAAUUUUUCAUGGCCAUAAGAUUUAUCUCAAUUUGACCUAUACUUCUUUAAAGAUGCAUCAAAAUUUAUCUUUCUUUCAAAUUUUUAGUUUUGAAUGAAAUAAUGAAAGAACUUUCUAGCCUUAGAUGCAAGGAUCUUUUACCAUGCAUAAAAAAAAUCAAUAAAUUUGAAGGAAAAGUUUAGUAAUUGUUACCCUUUUUCCAAAGAGCCUUCCAAGGAGAGUCCUUACCUUGCUUCAUUUCAUUCCCUUUUUAUAAAAAAAAAAUCGGCAAAAAGAAAAUAAAAUAAGAGUUAAUUUUUUUUUGUGUACUCUAAGAGAAAAACAAAAAAAUACUAAAUAUCAUGCAAUACAUCUUUGACAACGGCGCCAAAAUUUGAUGUGGAUUAGUCGUUGUAUAUUAAAUCACAUAAAUCUAAAUUUAUAAAACUAGAAAAUAUGAAUUUUUAGAUAUUUAGAAGUAUUUAUGAAUAAAUAUAUCAAUUAUAAUUCAAUAAAAUUUUCAAAAAUAGCAGUAAUUUUCCAAGUCGAUCACAGGGAUGUAGUAUAAUAUCUAGUAAUUAUUCAGAAUUUGUCUCAGUGAAUACAAUUUUUUAUGAAUUGUAUACUAGGAAAUGAAAAGGAAAUAUAUUUAAAAAUCACGAAAAAGGGAAGUAAGGGUGCGGAUGUCGGGAUAACGACAACGUCUGGUGAAUGCAAAUUGGGUAGAAAUAGAGUUCCGCUCGACAAUUCUUACAGAAGCGAUUACAGAUGAUUUAAUUAAUCAAAUUAAGAUCUGUAAAAGUCAGAUAAAUCGUAAUAGAACAAAGUAUAUUUUGGUAAGUUAAAAUCACAAAAAUUAUCACUAAAUAAAGAGUAAAGUAAAUUGAAAGCAGGAAAAUAGAGUUCCAACGUCGCGACGACGAUGCAUCGAAAUCCUGAGCAUUCGGGAGGAUUGUCGUGUAGUGUCCAUAGCCUUGAAGGCUCUCCUUGGACAAAGACGAUGUGGGCAAUCUCUAGAUUUCUUUGCGAAGUCUAGAGAUUAAUGAAAUGGGUCGUCGAAUUGUCUCUGGCGGCUGUCACCUAGCAGAGCAAAAAACGGUGACUUUGCGGCUCUCCGACAGUUGUCACCUGAUAGAGAGGAGCUGGAUGGAGGUGGGGCACGUGUCAGGGAGCUUCAUCCUUAG